AUGAUAUCGAGGAUCGCAUUCUUGGAGAUCAGCGUGAGUGGCGAGGACUUCUUCAUGGCCGACGGCUACAACGACAGCCUCAACAGCAACCUCAGCUUCGAAAACCAGGAGAACCUGAAGAACCUGAUCCAGAUCAUCCGGGCAUGGAAGGAGUGCGAGCUCGAGAACCUGAUGAUGCAGAUGGCCAACUCCCUGCUCAACGCCGUCGCGUGCAAGCUGAGUGGCCAGAACAUGCCGAUUUCAUGGACCACCUCGAUCGUUUGGAUCAGACAGCCCGGCGACGCCUUCAACGUCAGCGGCGUGAUCCAGCGCGCCGUCUGGGCCAAGUGGCGUUGGUUCUCAGACAGCGCGCGGGCGCGCGGGAUCACGGGGGACAUUGUGGGCAUGCUACUUCGUUCCAUGUGUAGGAUCGACGUCGACUGGCUGUUCGUGGAGCAGGGCAAGGAGUGGGUCGUGGAGGUGGAGGGCAUCUUCGGCCCGCCAGGCGAGCCGGACACGGUGCAGAGCACUCGCGCUUUGAACCGUCAUCUGAUAUGGGCGACGGAGGGCGUCGCGUGGGAGUGCGACCCGCGACGCGUCGACGUCGCGAUUCGUGUAGUUGUCCGCGAUAUGGCGAAGGGCGCGCAGGCCCCGUGCGAGCGCCGCGUGGCACCGCUGAAGCACGGUGAACGCUAUCUUCGAGGCAACCGUAGGCUUGCGCAGUACCUCGAGAACCAGGAAGCGACUGCGUGGCUAGACGGGCGGCGUGGUUCAGACCACGCAGGUGCCGUGGGCAUGGUCUCGCGGCGCGGGCUUGGCAAGACCGAGCUCAUCGACGCGGUGUGGCCCUGGGCGCAGGAAGCCAUGGGCCGUCUCAUGGUCGCCCAGCGGCUGCUGGCGAUGCUCCCCGCCCUGCAGGCGACACUGGCAGGGAACGAGCCCUCCUGGCUCGAGGCCGACCCCGCGGUCCCCAGCGGCGGCGCCGUCCCGUCAGACUGGCCGCCUGGCGGGCCCGAGCGUCGCCCCAGCCAGGCCGACCCCGCGGUCCCCAGCGGCGGCGCCGUCCCGUCAGACUGGCCGCCUGGCGGGCCCGAGCGUCGCCCCAGCCAGGCAACCGGGGCGCCCAAGGUGGCCCCCCAUCUGCCCCCCUGGCAGCCGUUCCACGAGCGGUACGUCCUGUUGGGCAAGCUGGGCAAGGGCGCGUUCGCCUCUGUCUACCUGACCAGGCCAGCCACAGGGCCCCCCGACGGCCCGCACUGCGUCGUGAAGGUCAUCCAGCUCCAGGCGCAGCCGCGCCCGGGCCACCUGGCCGCGCAGGCUUCCGAGGCGCGCCCGCCGGGCCCGCUGAUCAACGCGAAGCUGAAGCGGGCCGCCGAGAAGGAGGCCUCCUUCCUGAAGCACGUCGGCGGCCUGGAGCACUGCGUCUCCGCGUUCGACUUUGCGAUCGAGGGCACCCUCGCGUACAUCGUCAUGGAAAGGUGCGACCUGACGCUGCUACGCCUGCUGGAGCAGUUGCCCUCCCUCCGCGAGGCCUCUCUGGCGAGGAUCUUUUCCGAGAUGUGCCAGGCGCUGGCCUCGAUCCACGGCCUGGGCAUCGUGCACCGGGACAUCAAGCCGGACAACUUCCUCUGCGUGGGGGAGGCGUCCACCAUAAAGCUGUGCGACUUUGGGCUGGCGGAGGGAGAGUCGCGCGGUUCGGACCAGGGGCUCACCGGCGUGUACGGUACCGCGCCGUUCAUGAGCCCUGAGAUGCUGAGCGGCACGGGCUACGACAGCAAGACGGACCUCUGGUCCCUCGGCGUGAUCAUGUACGUGAUAUGCUUGGGCCAGUUCCCGUACAUCCCGGCGAAGACCAGCGCGAGUGCCAUGAAGGCCGCCAUCCUCGUCGGGGUGCCCGCGCCGAGUUUCAGGCCAAAGACCAGCCUCGACCUGUCCAAUGGCUCGCCCAUUUCCGAGUGCUUGAAGGACCUGAUCAGGGAGCUGCUCGAGCGCGACUGUGCCGCCAGGGCCACGGCCGACCACGCCCUGCGGCACGAGUGGUUCAGCCCUGGCGCGGAGCGGUCCUGGUGGAUUCCCGCUGCGGCCCAUGCUGUAUUCGGCCAAGCGCGUGGGCGCUUUCGAUGUUGGCGCUGCGCCGGUGGAGGACGCGCUGGACGUCGAGCUCAAGGGCCUGCAGGCGCAGUACCACCGGGAGGGCAUCGCUGUGGAGACUCCCUGCAGGCGCCCGCACCCGGGCGGCGCCCAGCAGCCCGACGGCGGCGGGAGAGGAGGCCCCCAGCCUUGCAGAGGGCCCGCGGCCACGCCGACGGCCGCGCGCUGAGGCCAUCGAGGUGGGCGGAGAGGGAGCACGGAGAAUGCGGUUCGGUCUGGCUGCUGUUGGGGAUGGCGUUCGUCCUCGUCGUCUCUGUCUCCGAGGUGUCCUGGCAGCUGCGCCCGCUGGAGAGCCGUGUGAAGGAGUCCGUUUCAGUCUGGUGCCCUGGCUCCCACAGCAAGGGGUCCGCGGCCUGCCCUCGCCUUCGGCGGAGACCAGCGGAGAUGGAGACGCUCUCCCGCGGCUGUCGCGGCCGACACGGCUUCGGCGCGCAGUCCGGCGGCGGCGUAGCCCGGGCGAGCGGCUGCGCGGAGGCGGAGGGCUGCCGCGCAGAGAAACCGUUGUCCCUCAGCAGCGCGGCCGAAUUGCGGGAGCUCUGCGGCGUGGUGUUUAUCACCUUCUUACUGGACGCAGACCACGCCGUGGUGCAGGCCGCCAAGCAGGCGGGCGUUCACUACCACCAAGAGGCCAAGCGUCGCAAGGCCCUUCACGACGACGGUACCAUCGACGAUCUCAUCUCGAUCUGA